UUACUUAACAGGCAGCUGUUGUCGGGCCACCGGUCACAACCCACCGCCACCGUAUACAAGUUCAUCUCCUGCGAACUACUAGACCUCGAGUCGCUGUUUUUUUUUUCGCGAUGCACUGCAUGAAGGGUCUGAGGACCACCGGCCCGGGAAUCUUGCAGCGCUUCAAAAACGCGGGGAUCUCCGCCAGAGUCGGAGGUGAGAGCAGCGUUUUGACCAGGACGCUGCAACCUGUGUCGCUCCCCUGCUGGGCUGCAGCAUCACCCGCCACCUGCCGAGCCUUGCACCGGCAGAAGGGCCCGGAUGUGGAAGAAGGACACCCUAAGAGCAGGUUGAUGUCCAGUAUGGAGGACCUACUUUUCUACACCAUCACCGAAGGCAAAGAGAUGAUCCCCCUGUCCCAGUUCAUCUCUGCCCUGAGAAAAACAGGUCUGUUGACGUCCGACCCUCGGCUACGUGACUGUGUCCGUCAGAUGCGACAAUCCCCCCGAGACUCCACCGGGCCACCGAUGAUGGACAAGAAGCUCUUCAGAAGGUGCGCUGGCAACAACAUCAUGCUGCUGACGAAAGCCUUCAGAAAGAAGUUCAUCAUUCCAAACUUCGAGGAGAUGACGCAGCACAUCAACCGGAUGCACAGCAGCGCCCAGCAGCAGGAGUCCGGACAAGUGGCCAACUACAUUCCUCAGCUGGCCAAAUUCAGCCCUGAUCUGUGGGGAGUGUCUCUGUGCACGAUCGACGGACAGAGACACUCUGUGGGUGACACCAAGGUUCCCUUCUGUCUGCAGUCGUGUGUGAAGCCUCUGGAGUACGCCGUCGCCGUGCACGAGUGCGGCAGCGAGCGCGUUCACCGCUUUGUGGGCAAAGAGCCCAGCGGGUUCAAGUUCAACAAGCUGUCGCUGAAUGACGAAGAUAAACCACACAACCCGAUGGUGAAUGCCGGAGCUAUCGUCAUCAGUUCUUUAAUCAAGCCAGAUUCAAACAAGGCGGAGAGAUUUGACUACGUGAUGGAGUACUUGAAAAGGCUGUCUGGCGAAGAAUACGUGGGCUUCAGCAAUGCGACUUUCCAGUCGGAGAGGGAGACCGGUGAUAGGAACUACGCCAUUGGUUAUUACCUCAAGGAGAAAAAAUGCUUUCCUGACAAUGCAGAUAUGACAGGAGCCCUUGACUUCUACUUUCAGCUGUGCUCCAUCGAGGUGACGUGUGAGUCGGGCAGCGUCAUAGCGGCCACGCUGGCCAACGGCGGCAUUUGUCCCAUCACGGGCGAGCGCGUGCUUAGCUCCGAGGCCGUCCGCAACACCCUGAGCCUCAUGCAUUCCUGCGGCAUGUACGACUUCUCCGGACAGUUCGCCUUCCACGUGGGCUUGCCGGCUAAAUCUGGCGUUUCGGGUGCAGUGCUGCUGGUCGUCCCCAACGUCAUGGGUAUGAUGUGUUGGUCUCCACCUUUAGAUCGGCUUGGGAACAGCGUCCGCGGCAUCCACUUCUGUCAGGAGCUGUUGUCUAAUUACAACUUCCACAACUACGACAACUUGAGACACUUCACCAAGAAACGCGACCCGAGGAGACGAUCCGACGAAGAACCUAACAAGUCGGUGGUCAACCUGAUGUUUGCAGCCUACAGUGGUGACAUCUCUGCUCUGAGGAGGUUCGCCCUCUCGGCCGUGAACAUGGAGCAGAGAGACUACGACUCUCGCACAGCGCUCCACGUCGCCGCUUCAGAAGGCCACGCGGAAGCCGUAAUCUUCCUGACUGAAGUUUGCAGAGUGAAUCCCGACAUGAAAGACAGAUGGGGGAACACGCCCCUGGAUGACGCCAUGCAGUUUGGCCACGAUGCUGUUGUUUCAGUCCUGCAGGAGUACCAGCGCGAGUACAGCGAAGGCCACGCGGCGCGUGUCCCCGAGGAACAGAAGCCGGCGCUGGACACGCUGAAGAGCGCCGUCUAAACCACCAGGGACUAUACGGGUUUGUGAUGGAAAUAAAUCUAUUUUACUCUCAGAGGACAGAAAGGACACGUGACGUUUGAGAGACCUGAUGAAUGAUUACGCUUAUUUUUUGAUAUGGUAAUAUAUGUUAUAUACUAUUUGUUUGACUUCCCAGUGUAGGAUUAAGUGCCUCUGAUGUAUUCCAGUAGACUGGAGACGAAGUAAAAAACUAAGCAUUAUAUAAUUUAUAUGGUUUAUGGAGAGAAGAAAACAUACAUUUAAGCCAUUAUUGUGUUUUGUUGCAAUCAUUUUGUUUAUGUAUUUAUGCGUCCUCAGUUUAUGAUGUGAAAUGCCACUGUGAUGUAACUAUAUAAUAUAUUGAGUCUUAUUGUUAAAAUAUGGAAAUAUGUUUUGCUUAAUCAAUACUUCAUUUAAUCAGGGAAUUUGUGCCCCCUGUAUAAAUAUUCCAAAAGCUGCAUCAGAUUCAUCUAACUCAACAGCAGGUGAUUUAGUUGCACUCGUGGACAGUAACAGGGAAGGACUGGCUCAGUAGUUUGUUCACUGCAGAUACCAUCUGGGUUGUUCUAAAUCUAUGCAGAUGAAAGUUGUAAACUAGACAUACACGUUAUUGAAGUGAAACUAAUUAAACUUGAUUUUAAAGUGUCUAAAAAAUGGGAAAUUAGUUUGUCUCAAAAGAAAGUAUUUUAUGUGUUUUAUUUCAUUCAACUCAGUGAAAGGCAUUGAAAUGAUUCCCCAACAGUACUUAAGUCCGUCACUGUGAAUAUGUAUUAUGCUGGUGUAAAUAAAAUGUAAAAAAGUUAUUUUAUCAAACGA